GUACAUUUCGUUUCUUGAAUUUUUGGCGAAGAGGGUUUCUUCAUUUGAUGUAUUUUGGUCGGUUUGGAGAUUAUACUUUGUCAAUCAUGUUUUCUGCGUGGGUAUACUUGUAGUGGUGACUUCAUGAUAUAACUGCUUGAGUAAGAUUGUUUCAAGGUGAAUGAACCAGUAGGCAAAGUGAAUCGAAUAUGGUCCAACUACUAGAGGGAGUUCCGCCGUUUGUGCAUAUCAGACAAAAUGAUUUCUCAGGCAGAAAACACAAAAAAUUGAAAGAAGAGGAUAUUGCUGUCUGUGAAUGCAAGUAUGAUGCCUAUAAUCCUGAAAGUGCAUGUGGCGAAACCUGUCUGAAUGUACUAACCAGCACUGAAUGCACACCAGGAUACUGCCCUUGCGGUGAGCACUGCAGGAAUCAGAAAUUUCAGAAAUGUGAAUAUGCAAAGACAAAGUUGUUUUUAACUGAAGGACGCGGUUGGGGUCUUCUAGCUGAUCAGAAUAUGAAGGCUGGACAAUUCAUUAUUGAGUAUUGUGGAGAAGUAAUAUCAUCAGAAGAAGCAAAGCAAAGAUCCCAGACUUAUGAAGCUCAAGGUCUUAGGGACGCCUACAUAAUCUCUCUGAAUGCAAAUUAUUUUAUUGAUGCCACAAAGAAAGGAAGCUUUGCAAGAUUUAUAAAUCAUUCAUGCGAACCUAACUGUGAGACAAGAAAAUGGACUGUGUUGGGGGAGACAAGAGUUGGAAUAUUUGCAAAGAUAGAUAUUUCUGUUGGAACUGAACUGUCCUAUGACUAUAACUUUGAAUGGUAUGGCGGGGGGGGCGUUGCCGUUCGGUGUCUGUGUGGGGCAGCUAACUGUUCUGUAUUUCUUGGUGCAAAGUCUCAUGGUUUCCAGGAGAUUAACCAUGUUUGGGAGGAUGGAGAUGCCAGAUACAUUGUUGAAAAUAUUCCCCUCUAUGACUCUGCUGACGAUGAGCCUUUCCCAAGGUCUACUACAACAAUCCCUGUCCAACUUCCAUUGGCAACAAAUUACUCAGCUGAAACAAAUGACAGUGUGGGAUCUAGAAUUAAGUUGGAGCCUGUUACCAGUACAGAAUCUAAAAUCAAGUUGGAGCCUGUUACCAGUACGGAAUCUCAUUAUUUUGUUAGCGCGGCAGACAUGGUAGGGAAAUCAGUUGUUGCCGUGAAGAAAGAGCAGGAUGAAUUUAGUUUUGAAGACAGAAAACCAGUGUUUUCUCAAACAAAUGCUAUGAUAUCUCGUAUUCGAAGCAAUACCGCAUGCCGUAAUUAUAGCAUUGCACCGAGCCCUUCCUCAAAGAAAAGAUCACAGCCCGAUAUGAAGCAAAAAACAAAAGCAUCUAGAAAGAAACAUGUCAGUUCCAAACCUGUUGCUGAACUAUUUGCAUCAAAGGAAGCACAAGAGGAAAUAAGACGAUUCGAGGAAAUAAGAAACAAAACCACCUCUGAGCUCAAUUCCUUGUAUGAUGAAAUUCGCCCUGCAAUAGAAGAACAUGAGAGGGACAACCAGGACAGUGUGGCAACCAGCGUAGCUGAGAAGUGGAUACAAGCUGCUUGCGCCAAAUUGAAAGCACAAUUCGACUUAAAUUAUGCCAUUCUCAAGAAUUCCAUGUUGCCGCGUGUGGCUCGAGGGGAAGUGGUGCCUUCUGGACAUGGAGAAGACAACCCUCCUCGAGGGGAAAUGGUGCCUUCUGAACAUGGAGAAGACGGCCGUCGGAACGACGUCAAGCAUUUGACAGAUUAACGACUCUUUACUGCGAAUGUAUUGAAGUUAUACAAAGGAUUUGUUGAGUGUGCUUCUUUUCCAUAAAGGGUUUUGCCAUUUUCACAUGAAGAACUUCAAAUUCAAGAAAAAAUGAACAUGGAUUCAGCAUUUAAAAUGCAUGUGAGAUGGGUCGAUGAUAGUUUCACUUUCAUUAUGUUGUAUGAGUUCGUCAAAUGUACUUGCUUGUUGGAGUAUUGUUGCUUUUGUUCA